UGCCAAAGCUUCCUAUAUAAAGCCCCAUUAGCUCAUUCUCUCUUACCACCAUCACAUUCUAUAUACCUUGGUUUUCUUUCAAGCUCAUUAGAGGAAUUUGAGAACGAAGAUGGCUCUCAGUUACCGUGUACAAGGAUUCAUCCUACUCCUGACUGCCUCCUUAUUGGCAGUUGGUGAGGCCAACACCAUUGUUGUUGGAGGCUCAGAAGGUUGGCGUUUCGGCUUCAACUACACUGAUUGGGCUCUCCAAAACAGCCCCUUCUACAUAAAUGAUACAUUAGUAUUCAAAUAUGUUCCACCAAGCGACACUUCCUUUGCUCCCUCAGUUUAUUUGCUGCCAGACCUAUGGAGCUAUAUAAAAUGUGAUUUCAGGAGGGCUAAGUUGUUGGCAAACGCUACACAAGGUAGCGGUGAGGGCUUUGAGAUUGUGCUAAAACAGUGGAGGCCUUAUUACUUUGCUUCUAGUGGCCACAAUGGCUUCCACUGCAGUGCGGGGUUGAUGAAGUUCUUUGCUGUUCCAUUGCCACGAGGGAAUUAGUCAUUGUCUCAUUCAUCACAAAUAAAGCCAAGGUUUAUGCAAUUAAUAUUGCUAUUUAUUGUUUCAAUAAGUUUGGGUAUGGAAUCUUUUUACGAUCGUUAAGGUGGUUUAUAAAUCAUAUGUAACAGUGAUAUUCUAAUCAUAAUUUGCCACGUUAAUAGUUGUAACGAAGAUGGUAAAAAUAUUCAAAACCCAAGCAUUACUUUAUUUGUUUUUAUCAGUGAUUGUUGUAAUAAAAAAAUCAAU